AUGGCGACCAGACAUUCGACUGCAGUAGCGAGGGUGUACCAUAAUCCUGAUAUUCAGAAAAAGUUUAUUGCAUCAUAUGAAGCACUGUCCUCUCUAUUGUUCACGAAUAUGUCUGACGAUAUGAACAAUUAUGAAAAAUUGGAAAGAUGGAAAAAGAUGCAUGAUCCAAGAUCAAUUGGAAUUAUUUUUCGAUUUCCUCCUAAACCACUGGGACUGUUAAUGCAUGCUAAAUGUCCUUUAUCACUUUCCGACAAGGAUGCUAUUCAAAAUAUCCCAGAAACUCUGAAUAUGAAGAAUAUGAGCAGUCAGCACCAAGAAAUUGUAAACAAGGUCAAUUCAAUGAAGACAUUGAGAAAACUUGGAGGAGCAAAAAUUUGCAGAAAUUUCAAUAACUGCUCCCUCUGAGACAAUUGGGACUGGGAGAAUUAUCAAUUGCAGAACAAUCAAAACAACCGGACAAAGAAGGGAAUUCGGAAGUUUAAUAAACAUAAUUCGGCUACUUUCUAUGACAUAUUGAUGAUCCUGACUUCCUACUAUGAUCAAGUUAUCCAAGAAGCAAGGACUGAAGAAAUCAGGCUUCAAAUUUUGAACAAAGAGAUAUCCAGUGGAUAUGGGGAAGCUGGGAUGCCUGAAAUUAUCCCUAAAGAAGUCGUAGAAGCUGAAGAAAAAUUAUCAAUGGAAGCUUUAAUUAAAGAGAGAGAAGAAAUUGCACGAAAAAGAGAGCUUGAAGAGAAACAAGCACAAGCUUUGAAAGUCAAAGACCAGAGACUUGCUAAAAAGCAGGAAUAUAAUCUUUUUAUCAGAAGGGAGGAUGAGCUUAAAGCUGCUAUAAUUAUCACAGAGGCUGCUAGGAUCAUUGCUGAUGACUUAAUGAACAACCAUGGUAUCCAGUUCAAGCUAUUUAUUGAAGAGUUGCUCAACAAACAAAACAAAGUUGUCAGAUUUAGACUUGGAGACAACUCUCUUGUUCUAGCAAACCAGAAGGAAAAGAAGGAAGUUGACCCAAUAGAGGAGGCUUUAGUCAGGAUCGGUAAAGCCAAGACUAGGAGAGAUAAAAGAAAGAUUCUCGAGCAGUACUCUCUUGUUGAUAAGCAAUGGGGUGAAUUCGAAAAGUAUCAUAUCCGUAGGAAGGUAGUCAGGGAUCGCAAUCAGCAAGCUAAUAAGGUAUAUGACUUCAAAAUUGGUGGCUAUAUUGAUAAAGGCGAUUAUGACAGGCUAUUACAGGAGUUUAAGAAGGAAGACAAACUUAUUAAGCAAGGGAUUCCUGUCAAAGGACCGUACAUGUCUCGAUAUAGGAGGAGAACAUCAUUGAACGUUUAUGAAAAUACUGAGAAGUUUGAAGUAGACGUAAACUUGGAUAAGAGGAAAAGAAGGGAAAUUAUGAGGGUUGAAAAGAGCCUUAAAAAGGGAAAUCAAGUUGAAAUUGCACAACAAGCUUUAAAUACCCUUCCCUACAUGGAUAAAGAAGAACAGAUGUUUGAGAUAAUGGAGCUAUACAAGAAGAAAGUAGAAUUUGAUGAAGGGGUUAAUAAAAGAUUGUUUGAGACUCUUGGUGAUGAUAAGUACUCAAAACCUACUAAGCAUGAUCUACCUACCUCUGAUGAUGUGCUUGAUUAUUUAAUGGGGUGGGAUAGCAGUGAAAGGAACAUGGUCUUAGCUGAGCCAAGACCAACAAGAGGGCAAAAGGUUACAAGAGAAAUCGUCAAAGUUAAAGGAAAGAAAGAUUUUACCUUAAGUAGGACAUCUACUGGAUUUACUGAUAAUGAAAUCUCAAGGAGACACCGGAUUUCCAAGAUUAAGAAGAUUGAGAAACAGAGAGAUAGUUGGCAAAGCGUUGGAUUGAUGCUCCAGAGUCAGAAAAAUAUGGAAAACAUCCUUCAUGAGAAAGAUGGUGUCAUCAGUAAAAUGAGGCAAUUUGAUUACAAAAUCCAUAAACAGAAGAAGAAAGACAAAAUAAAGACUCAGAAGGAGGGAAUUAUUGAAUAUAAUAAUUAA